AUGGUGGAAGAAGGAAAUGAGGAAGAAACUGUGCAACUUAGAACGCUCACUUGGAGAAUAUUAAAUAAUCCUGAUUUGCAUGAAUUUUUUAAGAGUGUUUUUAAUCGCUGUGAUACGGAUAAAGAUGGUCUGGUAAGCGUCAACGAACUGAGAAAAUUUUUAGAAAUGCAGGAAGAGGUUGAGAUUCCAGAUGAUGUAUUAGAAAGUAUUUAUACGAAGUUCGACACGAACAAAGAUCGGCAACUAGACUUCGUUGAAUUCUUGGAACUCUUUACAAAUAGGACUUUUAAAGAAACGUUUUAUAACGUUGCAAAUAAAAUAUUAAAAUUCGUCGUCCUCCCUCCGAAAAAUAGAAAUACACCACAGCUACAGCGGACCAUCACCUUCACUGGAGCCUACGAACGACAGUUCAAAUGCAGAGCGAAUAUUCUUGGAAUGGCUGUAUUAUCCAUUAUUCAACUAAUCUGUUUCUAUGCAAAUUCGACGUAUAAGAGGCCAAAUGUCUUAUCAAAUGCAUUACGAUUCCAUCCUUGCAAGAAGAGGCAGGUGUACAGAUACUUCACUUAUUUACUGUUGCAUGCUGACAACAUGCAUCUGUAUGGUAACAUAGUCAUACAGAUUCUCAUUGGAGUACCCUUAGAGAUGGUUCACAGUUGGAGGGUGGUCGUGAUUUAUGUGGCAGGUGCUUUUGGAGGCUGUUUAACUCAUUCUGUGCUUGAUAGAUCAACAACUUUGGUUGGAGGGAGUGGUGGAGUAUUUUCAUUCUUUACUGCUCACAUUGCUGCAGUUAUUUUGAAUUGGAGGGAAUGGACGCAUCCAAUAGUCCACGUACUCGUCUUCGGAGUAGUCGUCGUCAUUGACGUAUUCUACAAGAUAUUUGGUCAUACUGAAGUUGGAGACGAGACCAGCUACUUGAGCCACGCAGGCGGUGCUGUGGUUGGGUUGUUAUUUGGAGUUAACAUUUUGCGGAAUAUCAGAGAAACAAAAUUAGAGAACGAUUUGUGGUAUAUCUGUCUGGUAACUUUAGGAGCACUGACAAUAACUUUCAUCGUCUUGGAUUUUAAACUGCCCAUGGAAAUUGACUGUUGCAAUGUGAACAUCACCAUGAAAUCUGAGAAUUUAGAGUUUGUUAAUCGUACAAUUUUUAAUAGUUGA